CCCCGCGCGGGGCACGCUGGGAAGAUGGAGAACUUCUCGGCGCUGUUCGUGGCGGCGGAGCCCCCGCCCGCCGCCCUGGGCUUCGGGCCCGCCAAGGCGCCCGGCGCCGUGCCCGCCCCGCCCCCCGCCGUGCCCGCCGCGCCGCCGCCGGGCGAGGACGCGGCCCGCAAGGCCGCCGCGGGCCCGUUCUACCUGCUGCGGGAGCUGCCAGGCACCACGGAGCUGACGGGCAGCACCAACCUGAUCACGCACUACAACCUGGAACACGCCUACAACAAGUUCUGCGGCAAGAAGGUGAAGGAGAAGCUCAGCAACUUCCUCCCUGACUUGCCCGGCAUGAUCGACCUGCCCGGCUCCCACGACAACAGCAGCCUGCGCUCCCUCAUCGAGAAGCCCCCCAUCUGCGGCAGCUCCUUCACCCCCCUCACCGGCACGAUGCUGACGGGAUUCCGCCUCCACGCCGGCCCGCUGCCCGAGCAGUGCCGGCUCAUGCACAUCCAGCCACCCAAGAAGAAAAACAAGCACAAGCACAAGCAGAGCCGCACCCAGGAUCCCGUCCCCCCAGAAACCCCCUCGGAUUCCGACCACAAGAAGAAAAAGAAGAAAAAAGAGGAGGAUCCAGAACGGAAGAGGAAGAAGAAAGAGAAGAAGAAAAAGAAGAACCGGCACAGCCCCGAGCACCCGGGGGUGGGUGGCUCCCAGGCCAGCAGCAGCAGCAGCCUGCGGUGAGGCCUCCCUGGGGACCCCCAACCCACGGAAACAGCUGAGACUGAGCCAGGAGGGACUUGUCCCUUCUGCAGCACUUGGCAGGGGGGCUUGGGCAGGCCUGCCCCCCCCCAGCAGAGAGGACACCCCUGAAGCCCCCAGUGUGCAUCAUGCAGCCAGCCAGGACCAGGGGACACGGACUCUGCUGGCACUGGGCCUGCCAACCUCCACCUUUUAUACCAAAACAACCUGUUCCAUUGGGAUCUCUCUUUUUUAGUCACCUUUUAAUUAAAGUCUCUGCUCUGA